UUUAUUAUUGAUUAUUCUUUCUCCUCUUCUCCUCCAUGUUCCAUAGAGCGUCCUUCUUCUGCUCCGCCUAUCCAAGAAUCCAACUUAACUGGCGAUUCAAGUCCGACAGUGGAGAGUGAUACUCAAUUCCCAAAACCGUUUGACAAUGGAAAUCUAAAUAUGACCCAUUACAAGGAGAACGAGAAGGAGGAGGAGGACAAGAAGGAGAAUAAGAGGAAAAAUAAGAAUGCCUGUGAAGACGUUACUAUGAUGUCUUCAUCAUCUUCUCCUUGUGCGCGUCUUCCAUCUAUGCAGAGAAGUAUUCGCCUGGCUUAUAAACGCAGGAACCCUAAGAUAGUGAUUGCUCAUGUCCGGCGUGGUGGCCGAUUCUGGCAUAGCGGUUUGGAGGCCAUUGCUCUUCCGCUUGGAAUGUCGUUUGCUGCUAUUGUUGCCCAGGUUCUGGAGAGAAAAGAUUUAGCAGGUGAAAAGAUAUCUGUUGAUCAUCUUUCAAAGAUUUGUGCUUCAGCUGUCAGAGAAGCUUUAGCUAAUGUCUUUGGUGAUAAAUUUUAUUUUUUCGCAAGGAACUUUGAGAGAUCAUUUGGGAGUACAUUGAGGACCCUUAGAUUAAUUAAUGAAGCAGCCAGUAACAAGGAAGCAUAUAACUUGGGCCACCUGAAUGUAGAUAAUUGGGCGUCAGACUUGAAUCUUAAAAAUAGGGUUGGUUUUACAAGUGACUCUGGCAUCAGGGAAUGUCUCUCAGCAACUGAGUUGCCUUCUGUCUCUGUUCAUAAUCAAGUGCAUGUUGCUGAAGAAGUAGAAGAGAGUGUUCCUUGCUUGAACCAGGAACUUGCUUCAAAUGCACAAUUAAUCCAACAGGUUUGUGUUCCAAGCUCAUUAGGUUCUGUGAUCAAUCAUUGCAGCACUAUUGAGAAAUUUUUCAUGGAGAAAGCCUGUUCUAAUGACCUGAAGACAGUGGAGAUUGGUCUUACAAUGAAAAAAUUGAAGUUGAAAGAGGCACAGCUGGCUCUUAGCUUUGAUUCAAAUCAUCUUGAGAGAUCAAAAUUAGCAAUGGGCAGGUCAAAGGCAUCCUUUAAAGCUGAAAAAUUCAAGAACCAAGUGGAAGAUACAAAGCAUGCUGAACUGCUUAAGAACUGCAUAGACUGUCUUGUUGCUGGUUUGUUCAUCAUGUCUGCCUCCCUUUUAUAUGGUGCAUAUGUUUUUUCAUACCAAAGGAUCACUGAUGCUACUGCAUCCUGUAAUCCUUCAGUUGAGGAGUCCAAAUCAUGGUGGUUCCCAAGGCCAUUUUCGUCUUUCAACUCAGGGCUGCAUACAGUCCAGUGUCAUGUUCAGGUUUUAAGCCGAAUGCUGUUUGGCAUGUUAAUAAUUCUGGCAGUUGCUUAUUUACUUCUUCAACGAACAGCAACCACGCAUCAGACAAUGCCAGUAACACUCAUCCUGUUGCUUUUAGGAGUUGUAUGUGGUUUUGCCGGCAAAUUUUGUGUGGACACAUUGGGAGGAAGUGGAUUGCAUUGGCUACUAUAUUGGGAGACUAUGUGCUUGCUGCAUUUCUUCUCAAAUGUCUUCAUAUCGACAUUGUUCUGUGUACUUCAUGGGUCUGUCACCGUCUCCCAAGGGGAAAAAUCCAAUGCAACAUGUCCAUACUGGUUCCGACAAAUUCUUUUCUAUGCUGUUGUGCUCUUGUUUCUGCCAUUAUGCUGUGGUCUUUUGCCUUUUGCCAGUCCUGGUGAAUGGAAAGAUCAUUUCUUGAUGCUUGCCACCGACUUUCUAUUUAUUGCAGAUGAUUGAAUCAAGAGUUUGCAAACCCAAAAGCUGUCUUACCGCAUCUGGUUUCUUCUGACUUUGGUAUGUGAUUUAUCUGUAUUGUAUUCCGAGCUGUCUAGUGUUGCCCUCGAUAGUUAUAUAGCAGCUGGUUUUGUUAAAUCAGCUGCUAUGUUGUAUCAUGAUGGUAGCAUUUAAUUUCUUGCGCAAAGCUAGGUAUUUGUUUUUAAUAGGAUAUGCCCUUGUAAUAUGCCUCCAGCCUGUGGCCUUGUGGGGCACUGUCCCACCAAAAUGCUAACUUUUAGAAGCAGAACAUGCUAAAUAAUAUUGUGAAUUUGUACUUUGAAAUGAAUGAGGGAAAAUUUAAUUGCUGCUUUAGAAUGAUU